GGAGGAGGAAGAGGCGGGGGGGGGGGGGCGGCAGCCGGUCCCAGAAGAUGGCGGAGGCGGGGGAUUUCUGGUAGGUCCUUUUUUAGGAUAAGAUGCUGUAACUGUUGAAACGCCAGUCUGCAUUGAUUCACAGACAGUUGGCUUUUCAGCUGGAAAGCCUUUUUUCCCCCCUUGCUGGUAUACUGAACUUAUGAAAUCAUGGCAGAAGGAGAGACAGAGUCACCUGGACCCAAAAAGCGUGGCCCCUACAUUUCAUCUGUCACUAGCAGGAGUGUGAACUUGAUGAUUCGUGGAGUGGUACUAUUUUUUAUUGGAGUAUUUCUUGCAUUAGUGUUAAAUUUACUUCAGAUUCAGAGAAAUGUAACGCUCUUUCCACCUGACGUGAUCGCAAGCAUCUUUUCUUCAGCAUGGUGGGUACCGCCGUGCUGUGGCACAGCCUCAGCUGUGAUUGGGUUAUUAUACCCCUGCAUUGACAGGCAUCUAGGAGAACCACAUAAAUUUAAAAGAGAGUGGUCCAGUGUGAUGCGGUGCGUAGCCGUCUUUGUUGGUAUAAAUCAUGCCAGUGCUAAAGUGGAUUUUGAUAACAACAUACAGUUGUCUCUCACACUGGCUGCACUCUCCAUUGGACUCUGGUGGACCUUUGAUAGAUCUAGAAGUGGUUUUGGCCUUGGAGUAGGAAUUGCUUUCUUGGCAACCUUGGUCACUCAACUGCUAGUCUAUAAUGGUGUUUAUCAAUAUACAUCUCCAGAUUUUCUCUAUGUUCGUUCUUGGUUACCGUGUAUAUUUUUUGCUGGAGGCAUAACAAUGGGAAACAUUGGUCGACAACUGGCAAUGGUGGAUGGUAUUUCCAUAAACCAGAGAGGAAUGCAGAGAAGCAGAAAGAAGAGCUCUCUUGGCUCCAUCUUGACCACAGGGUGGAGGCUAACCCUGGACUAACCUGAACCAGAGACUGAUACACAAGAGCCGCUGACCCGCAUCUGCAACAACUCGGCCAUCCACAUCCAGGUCUUCAGGGUUACACCCAAGUAAUGCAAAUGAGGAUGGCCACUUUCUCCGCCCACCCCCACAUAAGUAGGCUCAGAGGCCCUUCUUGUACUGAGUACAGUCAUGGACCACCUACCAGAGCCGCGUAAGAAAAAGCCUGUUCCCUCAUAGCCCAGGGGACUCUGAAUUGAGAGGGAGAGUAUUGUCUCUUGUUGGGCCCAAGCAGUGGGUCUUCCCGAGUCUUUGUGGUCUGUAACCAUUGUCCUAGACAAUAAAAACUACCAAGUUGUGUUAGUAAAAACAACAACAAAAAAAAAACACACACACAAACAACACAGCACAAACAACCCACUAUGGACUUUGAUAAGUCAUGUAUUACGUCCCAAGUCCACAAUGCUGAUGUGACUUUGUCAUUUGAUAUGGGAGGAAAACAAAACCAGAAGUGAUACGCUCCAGUCAUGGUGGCAGAGCUCUGGCCUCCGAUACGUCUUCCUCAAAAACAAACUGUGAAGUGGUUAAAUGGGCAGUGUCGGCCAGGACUACUUGAAGGGUCCUGACAUUGUCCUUAGACACCGACUCCACUGCGUUUAUUGGGGACCUGCCCUGUGCCAGCUUCAGGGACACAGAACUCAACAUCUCCCCACUUGCCUCCAGAGGGCUCAGACUGGAGAGGGACACAUGAGCUGGGGCCACCUGUUAGUGUCUGCUUCUCCAGACGUGAGCAACAGGUACAGAGGAAUCCUACUGGAAAGCUCCGCCACCCAGCCAGGGCCUUCAGGCCAGGCAAGCCUGCCCAAGUUUUCAGGGGUGAGUUGAAGUUUGCAAGAUGCAGAGGUGCCAAGAAGUGGUGAAAGCCACACCUCUGCCCAAAAGCCCCUCCGUCUGCUCCACGGACCACUCUCAUUGCUCAAGUCGCCCCCACAGAGGCAGUUCGGGCAAGGGCACUCUCUGUUCCUCUCCGUCUCAUACUGGUGCGGUUGAUUAUGUUUGCCACUGUAUCCCUAGGACCUAGCCCAAUGCUUGGCAUUCCAUGGGUGCUUGGUAAAUACUUGGCAAGUGAGCAAAGGGUUUUUAAGCUGUGUUCUUCAAAGAAAACUGGCCAGGAAUGUUUGCAUCAUGUGUUCCAUUUCUUUAUUUUUUAAAAGUUCAUUUGAGAGAGAGAGAGAGCAGGAGCCAGGUGAGGGGCAAAGAGAGUAGACUCCCCGCUGAGCAGGGAGCCCGAUGCGGGGCUCCAUGAGGGGCUUGACCCCAGGACCUGGAGAUCAUGACCUGAGCCCAAGGCAGGCACUUAACUGACUGAGCCACCCAUUUCUUUGGGUAAACCUCCAUGACAAACACGAAAACCCAUUCAGGUGCUUGUUCUUUUCUGAAAGAACCUGUCAGGACUGAUUGAGGGCCCGGUAACAGCUUGUUAAUACUGGGCUAGGGAACAGUAAUCCCCUGACCUGAGUCCACUUAACCCUGUUCCCUGUGCUCUGCCCCCUUCCCUCUCCUUCCAGCACACAGCUCCUCUCUCCCUAGGAAUCCUAGCAAGGAAAUCACGUCUUUUAGAUGCAAAUACAUUUUAAAGGGCUGCCUAAAGCCUGUGUCCCCCCUUGGCGGGUAGUACACAGACGUCCCGCUGCUACUUAUUGUUUAUUGUGUGAUCCUCAGCUGCUCACUUCAAACCCUAGUUUCUCCCUCUGUAAAAGAGAAAUGUCACUCCUACUCUGUUUAUUGGCCAUGUUUGUGAAACUCCCAACGGAACACCUGGGACAUAAUAGAUGCUCAAUAAACAGGAGCUGAGAACA